CCGCGCGCCAGCGUCAUGCGCUGGAAGACCGUGUCGGCCAUCUUCUGCCUGGUGGUGCUCUACCUGAUCCUGGGCGCCACGCUGUUCCGCGCGCUCGAGCAGCCGCACGAGAGCUCCCAGAAGCUCGCCAUCCUCAUGGAGAAGCUCGACUUCCUCGUCCAGCACCCCUGCGUCAACUCCUCCGAGCUGGAGGACCUCGUGAAGCAAGUGGUGGUGGCGAUCCGUGCGGGCGUGAACCCCUCGGGCAACUCGUCCAAUCAGACGAGCCUCUGGGACCUCAGCAGCUCCUUCUUCUUCGCCGGGACCGUCAUCACCACCAUCGGUUUUGGGAACAUCUCCCCACACACAGAGGGCGGUCGUAUCUUCUGCAUCAUCUACGCUCUGCUGGGGAUUCCGCUCUUCGGGUUCCUGCUCGCCGGCGUCGGAGACCAGCUGGGCACCAUCUUCGGCAAGUGCAUCACCAGGGUGGAGAAGAUGAUCGUGAAGUGGAACGUCAGUCAGACGAAGAUCCGCGUCAUCUCCACGGUGAUCUUCAUCCUGUUCGGCUGCCUCCUCUUCGUCACGCUGCCGGCCGUCAUCUUCCAGUACAUCGAGGGCUGGAGCACGCUCGAGUCCAUCUACUUCGUCGUCAUCACCCUCACCACCAUCGGCUUCGGCGACUUCGUCGCAGGGAGACACCGUCGACAGUCGACCGGUGGUUCUGAGAUCGAGUACCAGGAGUACUACAAGCCCGUGGUGUGGUUCUGGAUCCUGGUGGGCCUGGCGUACUUCGCGGCGGUGCUCAGCAUGAUCGGAGACUGGUUCCGGGUCAUCUCCAAGAAGACCAAAGAGGAGGUGGGGGAGUUCCGUGCGCACGCGGCUGAGUGGACGGCGAACGUGUCGGCCGAGUUCAACGCUACGCGGCGGCGUCUCAGCGUGGACAUCUACGACCGCUUCCAGCGCGCCGCCUCCAUCAAGCGCAAGCUGUCGGCGGAGAUGGGCCUGAACGCCCCCCCCGAGGCCGGCGGCCCCCCCCACAUGAGCCCCGUCACGCCGGGCAAGCGCGCGCUGUCCGCCAGCCUGGGGGGGGAGGAGCGCGAGCGCCGUGGCAACGGACCCCCCCAGCACCCCCUCACCCUCACACGCAACGGCAGCCUCUUCCUCAACGGCCUCACCCCCGACUACGCCCACCACCGAGACAUCCCAGAAUACUCCCACCGCAGAGACAUCCCCAUCAUAGAGCACCUGAAAUAG